AUGUUAUCCGGAUUAGACGAACCUGAGGAAGGUAGAAUGUUUGUCAACGAGAUGAUCAGCCUAAUGGAAUCAGCGGGAUUCUCGUUACGAAAGUGGAACUCCAACUGCAGGGAGAUUCUGUUAGAGGUACCAGAACAUCUGAGAGAUGAUCGCACUAUUCUCCAGCUUGAUUCCCCAACAUCCACCGUUAAAACGCUAGGUUUACUGUGGGAACCCAGUACAGAUCGAUUCCAAUUCAGCACCCCGCAGUGGAACUCAUCGGCGGUCAUCACCAAACGCACCGUUCUGUCGGAUGUCUCUCGACUUUUCGAUCCACUCGGACUGGUAGGGCCCGUGAUCAUACAGGCCAAGAUGUUCAUUCAAGAAUUGUGGAAGCUUGACUGUGGUUGGGAUGAACCACUUGCCGAAGGCAUGCAGGAUCGCUGGCAUGAAUAUCGUCGAAACUUGACUGGCCUUGAGGGAUUGUCUGUACCUCGCUGGGUUGAAAUCAGAUCCGAUAUCAUCGACACACAGCUCCAUGGGUUCUGUGAUGCCUCUGAGAAGGCAUAUGGGGCCUGCAUCUACGUGAGAAGUAUCUCCAAUAGCGGAUCAGUUGCUGUACACCUACUGGCAUCGAAGUCUCGUGUCGCCCCUCUCGAGAACCUGAAAAAGAAGAAGCAAUGCCAAACGAUUCCGCGCUUGGAGCUUUCUUCAGCUUUACUCCUUUCCCACCUCUACGAAAGAGUGGUCAGUAGCACACACAUCACAGCCCCAGCUUUCUUUUGGACAGAUUCGAUGAUUGUUAAGUGCUGGUUAGCAUCAUCACCGUCGCGAUGGAAAGAAUUCGUUGCGAACCGAGUUUCAGAAAUCCAGCAUAUAACGAAAGGCAGCAUCUGGAAUCACGUAUCAGGAGUUGAAAACCCAGCCGAUAUAGUUUCUCGCGGCAUGACGCCUGCGCAGCUGCAGUACCAAUCGCUAUGGUUUGGUGGACCUCACUGGCUGCUUCCGGAGCAAGAUAACUGGCCGGGAACACUGCAAGCUUGCGAAGACCGCAUUGACAGAUCAGUACUAGAGGAAAAAGGAGCCGUUGUUGCAGUUCUGAAAUCUGUUUCUCCCGGUGAGCUGUUUAACCUGCGAUCAACUUACACUGGAUUGGUGCGACUCACAGCAUACAUUUGUCGGUUCCGUUUCAACGCUCAAGCUGCAAAUCGGAAUUGCCGAAACCUUGGAAGUUUAACCGUCAAGGAACUCGACGGCGCUGUACGGACACUUGUCUCUCUGUCUCAGCGAGAAUGUUUCCCACAAGAGCUGGCGGAUUUGACCAACAAUCGUCCACUACGUAAUUCAUCGAUCCUUUCGCUCAAUCCUCAGCUAAUUGAAGGCAUACUCUGCGUUGGCGGCCGGCUACGGCACGCACAUCUGUCUAACAGUCGUGUUACCGACAGAAUAGUCGCCGCGCCUCAUUGGGCAACAUUGAGUAAAAAACCUACCAUCAUUUACUGA